AAAAGUCAUGUCCUUUAUUUUUUGUUUCAUUUUAAUCAGGACACAAAAACAGAUCAUUGACUGAAUAGAUAGUGGGAGCAAGAGACAUUGCCGCGUUACGCGGCAGGUAGGCUGCAGCCAUGGCCUACUUCGGGGGGUUGAGGGAGUUCAUAGGGGUGGAUGAGGAGACCGAUGACGAUGAGAGGGGCUCUGAUGAAGAAUUACCUUCAUUCUUGACGGACUUGAAUGAAAGGCGAUCCAGGCGGGAGCAGAUGAAUCGACUCAACGCAUGUCUGGACUCGGCAAUAACGAGAGAGUCACAGAUGAUCGAGCUGCUGGACUGGCUGUCUUACACCAGAGAAUCGUUUGAGCAAUUUGAGCAGAAUAGACUGCAAUCAAACGAGAUGGUUACUUCAGAAUGGGUAGAUGCUUUAGACAGCACCCUGGGACAAUUUCUUCUUGAAAUGAAUUGGAGCAUAAGCCGUUUGAACGUUUUAUGGCAAUCCAUCUGUGGCAGGGGUACGAAGAAGAGAAAGAAAGACGAGACAGCAAUAUCUGGCAGUGGAGGUAACUGGCACUGGUGGCGCGAACAAAAAGUCGAUACAAAGGCUGUCCGCAACAUCCAGGAGUUACAACCCCCCUCAGUAGAGGACAUUUUGGGGGACGCCAGCUUCGCCACAAGGUGCGCCUCUGAGCUCACCUUCAUUCUGGAGGACAUGCAAAAGUCAAUGUCUGGCAGUAGAGGUCUGAGUAUGGCCCUCAGCUUCAUUCAGAUCGGCUUGCAGAAUCUCAAUGAGGCAUUCCAGAGGAGGACCAAGGAAGGCUCCAUGGAAAAGGAGCAGACAAUACGUGAUGAAAGCAAUAGAGUGACACUGCUAAAUGCUCAGCUGGCCAAAGAAAAAGAUAAGAGAAACCGGCUUGAGGAGAAACUAUCAGACUUGAGUGAACAAAAUCAAGCCCUCAUGUUCCAUAUCCAAACUUUGCGGCAUAAAGUCACCAACGCGCCAGAAACAGUGAUGGUCGAAAACAUUGAAGUCCCUAUUGAAACCGACCCGGAUUUUUCGACACGGCAGCGCCAAAAGCCAGCCACCAAGCCUCAAGCUUCAAGCAUGUAUAAACCCAAUUCUGCUUAUGUCGGAGAAGAGGAAGCUUUCAAGCGCCAGAACUCCACUAGCAUUGCAGAGAAAAUGGAGCAAAGGAGCGCUGCCCUGCUGGUGGACUUCAGGGAGACAGUGCUGGAUAUCCUGGAUCAUUCCAUGAAGCAGCCUGAUGGUUAUGCAGACAUGAAGGAGGAGGACAGGAAGAAAGCAGAAAGAGCCAAAGGUUUUAAUGUCGUGAAACUCUUUAAGACCCUUCAGCUCUCCAUGAUGGAUUGUUUUAAGAGUAUAAUGACACAGAUUAGAGGGAGGUGUAAAGACGAAAUCUUAGACCUAUGCCUCCAAGAGACGUCCCUUUUCGAGUCAGACUUGUGGACUGGCUGCGAUGCACCACCUGGCAAACUGCUGAGAGAAUUAGGCAGAGAAAUCAAGAAGCAGGAUGAGUCGAUCAGAAAUGCCGGGCUGGUUUUUAAAAAUCUUGUGGAAAUGCAAGGAAAGGUGAAAGGCGCGGUCGAGCAGAAGCGACGCCACACAAUUGUCAAUCACCUCAUGGAACUGUUCAAAAACAUCAACGACAUGGAAAAGCAACAGGCCUGUAAAUUGCGUCUCACCCUCGAAUCCUUGUGUAAAAUGCACAAUCAGAUUAAAUCCCAGAGAAAAGUGGAGUCACACAGCAGUCCUCCACCUCCACCUCCCCUUGUGCCGCCUCCGCCUCCCCCUCCCACUCUGCCUCCUCCUGAUCUUCCUCUGUCUCCCGCUCCCCCUCCCCCCCGGAAUGUCCCAGUGCAUGGCGUAAACAAAGUGGAUUUCAAACUUCAGCCCGAGAAGGAACUAUUGGCACAAGGCAUUGAAGCCAUUCUCCAAACUAUCACAGAACCUGAGGUUGAGAAUGAAACCAAGGUGGCUGACAAACCUGACAAGCCUCAGGUCCAGCAGUCAGACAUUGUAGUUCCUCCCCCAAGGCCCGUUUCUCCCCCACCUCAGCGGAAGUCCUACGUGAAGCCCGUGGCCACCGUAAUAGACCACGUGGACCGGUAUAUAAGGGAGAUGCCAGAGGAGUCUGAGAGGUUGCUGCAGUCACGACUCGCGAGGCACAAUCACAUCAUUGACAUCAAGGCUCAGGAAGAGAACUUGAAUCUCCUGGACCAGGCACUCGCCAGGGAGAUCAUCUCCUCCCGCCUUUACCACCUGGCCAGAGACGUCAUCGUGCAGGCCGAGAUGAGCGUGGAGCGGCGCCUUCGCUGCCUCAUGCUGAGGUACAUUAGACAGUGCCAUCUCCAGCAAGUCAGAAAAAUGCUGAAUUCCAGGUUGAAUAAAGCACGCAACAGGAAUGAUGGCCAGACCAUAAGGAAGUGUUACUGCUACAUGCAAAACACAGAAAAGCUCCAGUCAAGUGAAUCACACAUGUAUGACCUCAAUCAGGCACCAAUUGACCAUCAACGCCAGAGGUGCUUCGCACGCAUGCUGUACUUAUUCCUCCAGAUGAAACUGGACUACAAAAUAGACUUGGCAGCACCUUUCUGCCGUUCUGCCGUGAGGAAAAACAUAACAGCUCUGACCAUUGAGAGAAUGGAUAUGAAAAUGAUGCCACUCCAACAAAGUCUCUCUAACACUCAGCGUGGACAGCCCCCAAUAUCUAUUCCGCCCUCUCAGUCCGCCACCAAGUUUUCCACAGAGUCCUCUUUCCUCCACCUACCUGAACGCAAUCAGUCAGCUUCGGAAAGGUCCUCAUUACAAAGGAAAUAUGUUAGUCAACAGAACCUUCAUGACAGUCUGUGGCAGAUACCGGAACGCAGUCAGGUUGCUCCAGAAAGCAAAUCUGCGAGUCAACAGAACCUUCAAGACUCAAGUCUGUGGCCGAUGCCGCUGAUUCACGGUGGCACGUGGCUCACACGCAAGAUCAAAGACUUGGCCCCGGUGCGCUACCCCUCACUUCCACGUUUGUUUGAGAUGGAUGUGGACCAAGACAGACGGAGAGCCUUGCAAAGAGUCCGCAGCAUAAUGGAUGGAGUAGAUGCACGGAAAUCUAACAAAGAUACACAUUUUGGUAAACAGAAGAUAAAAUAGAAAUAAAUACUUUGUCUGCA